AUGGAAGAUUUGCAAGUUUUGAAAUUCGAUAAACGAAUGUUUUGCUUUGGUUCUCUCGCAGCCAGUUACAGAUAUGUUCUGGAUUUUCAUUUUGCCAUCGAGGAAGUUAAUAAUGAUCCUGAAAUUUUACCGAAUGUGACACUUGGAUAUCUCCUGUAUGACUCUUGUUCCAAUGAAAACAAAGCUGUAAAAAGUGUGUUGCAGAUAGUUUCUGGACCUUUGAAGACCAUUCCUAACUAUUCCUGCUGGGGACAUGGACAACUUGCUGGUUUUAUCGGAGAUAUGUUUUCUGUAACCACUAUUCCUGUAGCCCAAAUACUAAGUAUAUAUGGGUACUCACAGAUCAGCUAUGGUGCUACGGACACUGUACUCAGCAACAGAGCCGUCUACCCAUAUCUUCUUCGUACCUCACACAAUGACAAUAUAUAUUUUAGUGCUGUAACAAAGUUACUUACGUUUUUUUCGUGGAGCUGGGUUGGGAUACUUACUAGUGGAGAUGACAGUGGACACAAAGAAAGCAAAAUGCUCUCUUCCAUUCUUCAACAUCAGGGCAUCUGUGUUGAAUUUAUAGUUAAGGUUAUUUUAAUAAAUCACUUUCACGUGGAUAAUCCAAGCAGAUACACAAUAAAUGAGAAAAACAAGGAGAUUAUUUCAAAAUCAACUGCAAGCGUCAUUAUAGUGUGUGGGACAUUUUCCUUCUACAUAACUCGAGCUUUGGAAAUACCAGAUGCCGUCCUAGAUCACUUUCAGGACCAGCAGAAGCAACCACAAAAAUCAGAGGGAGAUGAAGGCAUCCACACUCUAAGAAGUGUGCCCAAUGUGAAGAUCCUUUGGGUGGCUUUGCUUAGCGAAGAUUCUACAAACAGACACUGGGACAGUUAUAGGUAUGUGGGGUCAUUCUCUCCAUGGGCUCCGCCAGAUGAACAGCUCUUUAUCAAUGUAACCGCAAUCACCUGGAAAAAUGAUUCUAAGCGGGUUCCAAGAUCUCAAUGUUCUGAAAACUGUCCACCUGGUAAAAGAAAAACCAAGAAUGAUAUGCUGCAAAUCUGCUGUUAUGACUGUGUACAGUGUUCUGAGGGAGAAAUCUCCAAUAUAACUGAUAACCCAAGCUGUAUAAAAUGCCUGGCCAUAGAGUAUGCCAAUGACAAGAAGGAUCACUGUAUAAUACGACAAGAAGAAUAUUUAGCUUAUUCUGACACUCUGGCCAUUGUACUUUCAUGUGUCUCUGUUCUUUUAACAAUUACUUCUGUUCUAAUACUGAUCAUAUUCAUGUUUUACCGAGACACGCCAAUUAUCAAAGCUAAUAACAAGAACCUGAGUUUUAUUCUUCUUGUUUCCCUUUCAUUGUGUUUCCUUUGCGUGUUCUUGUUCAUCGGUCGCCCUGCUGAUACCACCUGCAUGUUUCGGCAAAUCGUAUUUGGAAUCACCUUUUCCAUUUCAGUGUCCUCCGUGUUGGCCAAAACUGUUAUGGUCUGCAUCGCCUUUAAUGUAUCGAGACCUGGAAGCUUCUGGAGAAAACUGAUUGGGGUUCAAUUAUCCAAUUCUAUAGUUCUGUUGGCAUCUUUUGUAGAAGUUAUAAUAAGCAUUGCCUGGUUGACUCUUUCACCUCCAUAUCAGGAUAUGGGCACACAGACUUACCAAAAAAAGAUUGUAAUUGAGUGCAAUGAAGGCUCCACAGUUGCCUUUUAUACUGUUUUGGGAUAUUUAGGAUUUUUGGCAUUUGUUAGUUUUACUGUGGCAUACAUAGCCAGAAAUUUGCCAGACCAGUUUAAUGAAGCCAGGUACAUCGUCUUCAGCAUGCUGGUGUUCUGCAGUGUCUGGAUUGCUAUGGUUCCAACCUACCUUAGCACUAAAGGUAAAAACAUGGUGGCUGUAGAAAUUUUCUCCAUACUAACUUCAAGUGCUGGACUUUUAGGCUGCAUUUUCUUUCCAAAAUGUUACAUUAUAAUGAUCACACCCCACAUGAAUAGAAAGAGCCAUAUAUCCAGAAAGGCAAUUACAUGA